AUGACUGAAGCGAAAGAAUGUUUCAAUGAAGCUGAGGUGGAGGACAUCUGCAUGUCGGGCUUCAGAUUCACCUGGAACCAAAGCCCGGGAAGGAAAGAUGGUCUUCUCAAAAAGCUGGAUAGGGUAAUGGCGAAUGACCGUUUUGUUGCUGAUUUCCCGUUGGCAAAUGCAGUGUUUUUGCCUUUCCUGAAAUCUGACCAUUGCCCCAUGGUUCUUGUUAUUCCAGAGGUCCCAAACCAGAAACAUAAACCUUUCAAAUUCCCAAAUUAUUUGGUGCAUAAAGCUGAAUUCCUGCCCAUCGCCAAAAAAGAGUGGGAUUAUCCAUUGAGUGGUGUUAACAUGUUUAGACUGGUAACUCAUUUGAAGCGGUUGAAAAAAGACUUUCGAAAAUUGAACUACCAGCAGGGUAAUCUGUUUGAAAAUGUGAUCAAGCUUAAAGCUGAAUUAGAAAGCAUACAAGAGGAUAUUGUUAACUACCCGGAGAAUGAGGCAUUAAGAGAAGAGGAGCUGGUAUAUCUCAAUGCCUAUAGUGAAGCAGUUAAAGACGAAGAGAGGUUUCUUCAACAAAAAGCCAAAGUCUUGUGGCUAAAAGAAGGUGACCAUAAUUCCAAAUACUUCCACAAAGUGGUGAAGGGUAACAAUAAUCGAAACAGAAUUCACCAAGUUGAAGACCUCAAUGGAAAUAGCUUUACUGGUAAUCAAGUGGGAACUGCAUUUGUGAAUCAUUUUGAAGUUGUGCUAGGUAUUUCUACCCCUGUUGCUCCUAUCCGGGACCCCCAAAGCUUAUUUUCUAAACAGGUUAAUACCUCUGAUGUGGAGCACAUGGUCAAAGCAGUGACUUCUGAGGAGAUAAAGGAAGCGAUGUUCGAUAUUGAGGACUUGAGAGCCCCGGGUCCGGAUGGUUACUCAUCAAAAUUCUUUAAAGCCUCCUGGAACGUUGUGGGCCCAGAUGUGUGCAAAGCGAUUAAGGGUUUCUUUCAUAACGGGAAAUUACUAAAGGAGGUUAAUACCACUGUUAUUGCCUUGGUCCCAAAGUUAGAAACUCCCUGCAAGGUUUCGGAUUAUAGACCUAUCGCGUGCUGCAAUGUCGUGUACAAAUGUAACAGUAAGAUUCUUGCUAACCGCAUUAAGCAAGCUUUGGUCUACGCAGUGAAUGAAAACCAAUGUGCCUUUAUACCGGGAAGACAAAUUAGUGAUAACAUUCUUAUAACUCAGGAGCUCAUGCGAAACUACCAUCGUAUGAGGGGUCAAGCCCGGUGUGCCUUUAAAAUAGAUAUACAAAAGGCUUAUGAUACAGUUGAGUGGGAGUUCCUCCAGAACUGUCUUUUCCAUUUUGGUUUUCCCAAGAAAAUGAUAGACUGGAUCAUGACGUGUGUCACUACAGCUUCUUUCUCUAUAGCGGUCAACGGGGAUCAUAAGGGUUUCUUUAAAGGGAAACGAGGCCUCCGACAGGGUGAUCCUUUGUCUCCGUACCUUUUUACCCUUGUCAUGGAAGUCCUCACUCUAAUGAUAACUCGAAGAGUUAAAGAUGAUGAGGCGUUUAAAUACCACUGGAGGUGUAAAGAGGUCGAUCUCACACACCUCUGUUUUGCUGAUGAUCUGUUUCUCUUUUGUCAUGGGGAUACCAACUCGGUCUACUGGGCUUCAGUGUUCAUAAUCCCGCUCUCGGUUUCAAAAGAGAUUGAGAAAUUAUUUAGGGGAUUCCUCUGGUGCCAUGGUGAAAUGAAGAGGGGUAAAGCUAAGGUGAAAUGGAAAGAGGUUUGUACUCCUAUGCUCCAUGGAGGGUUAGGUUUAAAGCUUCUCAGAACAUGGAAUCAAGCGCUGAUAUCUAAACACACGUGGAACAUAAUAUCCAGAAAGGAUUCGCUUUGGGUCAAAUGGAUUCUUGCCUACCGACUCAAACAUGGGAACUUUUGGGAGUUUGAAAGCAAAGUGGAAAUGUGCUGGGGUUGGAGAAAGAUCCUUGAGUUUCGUAGCAGCCUUCGGGACCAUAUAAUCCACAAGAUUGGUAAUGGCCAAACCACAUCGGCCUGGUUUGAUAACUGGCACCCGUUAGGCCCACUGAGCUCUUUCCUAUCUCACCGUAACAUGUGUGAAGGUGACUUCUCGAGGCGUAGUAAAGUUGCAGACAUUGUGUCCAAUGGGAUGUGGAAAUGGCCCCAAGACUGGCAGGAAAGAUUUCUAAACCUAUACAAUUCCCAAGUCAUAGACAUUUCUGAUGUUGAGGAUAAGAUCAUAUGGAAGACGAAUGAAGGCAAUUUGAUUCAGUUUACUGUGGGAGAUGUGUGGAUGGACAUCCGGGAAGAGGGUGCUCCUGUCCCUUGGUUCAGUAUUGUCUGGUUCAGUCAAAACAUCCCCAGGCACGCGUUCAUCCUUUGGCUUGCUAUUAAGGGCAGGUUGAAAACUCAUGAGGUCCUUAGUGCUUGGAUGGAUACGACUCACAUGAAAUGUGUGCUGUGCAAGACUACGUCAGAUAGUCAUAAUCACCUUUUCUUUGCCUGUCCUUAUUCAAAAGAAAUCUGGAAUCACAUGAAGGUGCUUACUAAGUGGGGUAAUAUUCCCUCACAAUGGUCGGAUAUCAUCAUUCAUAUGUGCAACAAUAGAAGCAACAAUUCGAUUUGGAGUAUAGUCAACCGCUUAACUCUUGGGGCGGCUGUUUACUAUGUGUGGCAAGAGAGAAAUCGUCGCACACAUGAACAGAAAUCCAGACCUGUUGCUGAAAUUAUAAAAUUAAUCAGAGAAGCGGUUAGGCUGAGAAUUCUGGGCUUAAAGCUGAAGAAAACCGCUGCCUCUUUGCAAGUUGCAAAGGCCUGGGAUUUGCAUAACAUACAACGGUUAGUUGACAAAAAUCCAAAUGUUAUCCAUGAUAGUUGA